UUCUCCACAGACAAUCUCUCGGCCAAGUGGAAAGUUCGGCGUAGUGCGCACGCGCUGCCCGGGAUUAAUGUCAAGGCACAAAAGUGGCGCUACACCGAUUCCAGUUCGACUCCGGUGGCUGCUUUAGCGAUGGAUGGGGAGUUGGAGCCACACCCUGCUGUAGCAGAAGAGGCUGCUGAGCAGGUGGAACUCAUGGAUGCUGUAGCAGAAGAGGCUGUGGAGCAGGUGGAACUCAUGGAUCCCACUCCUUCCCCCCAGCAACAGACCGCUAUCACACCCCUCCCUGAAAAGUCUGGGGAUGCAGUUUCCACAGUAACGGAAGAUGAAACUGCUAAAGAGGACAUCAUAGAGGACAAUGAUGAUGAUGUGGUUGUGGUCGGGGAGGAGGUCACAGAGCUUUCUGCUGCCACCCACUCUCAAGAUGCAUCCAGCACAAACUGCCAAGAGGUGGCAGUUACUAUGUCAACUGCAAAAGGGACUGUAGACACAAUGCCUUCCGACACCCCCAGUCCUCCUGUGUCUUCCAGUGCAAGUAUGGUGGCAGCACCUUCAACAGUUCCAGCCAUAGCUGCAGAGCCCAUCGUGAUUGAUGAUGAAGACUCCUCACCAGCACCUCCUGAAGGUUCCUCUGCACCCCACUCACCCAGUGUCCUUAGCAGCACAGAGCCAGAUUCAGAGAUCAGGAUCGCCAGUGUCACCACACUGGGCUCCAGUAGCAAGAAAGGAGGCUCUUCUGCUUCAACAGUAAAUAGCCCACCACUCCCGGAGGAGGUCCAGGACAUGAAUCUGAUGAUAACUUCUGUGACAUCACUGCAGGGCGAGGCAGCGUCUGUUGCAGCAGAAAUUGAAGACCACUCAGAAGAAAAUGGUUUACAGAUCAGCGGCGCAUUCAGUUUGAAUCCUGACACCCCGUCCAGUCGGUCAUCAGCCUCCUUCAAUCCUGGACGCGGCUCAGACUCCAUGGGCCAGCUGGUACAAAACGGCGACACAGGGACCCACAACAGAACCGACACAUGGAUCUCCCAGUCGGCUUCAGCCCCCCGCAACCAAAAACAGACAGGAGUGGACUCUCCUUCACCUGCCAUUUCACUGUCUAAACCUCCAGGCCAGUCUUCCUCGUCUUCAUCCUCAGGCUCCCAGAUACAGCCCAGGACAGUGAAGGUGACCUGUGCUAACUGUAAAAAGCCUUUGAAGAAAGGCCAAACAGCAUACCAACGUAAAGGAUCAACACACCUGUUCUGCUCCACCACCUGUCUCUCUGCCUUCUCACACAAACCUGCCCCCAAGAAGAGCUGUACUAUGUGCAAAAAGGACAUUACAAAUAUGAAAGGUACCAUUGUGGCCCAAGUUGACUCCAGUGAGUCUUUCCAGGAGUUCUGCAGCACUGGCUGUCUAGGUGCAUAUGAGAACAAGCAGAAUUCGCCUAAAACUGUCGUCAAAACCAAAUGUACUGUCUGCGGCAAGCUCACAGAGAUCCGGCAUGAGGUCAGCUUUAAGACUGUAACACACAAGAUCUGCAGUGAUACAUGUUUCAACACCUACCGCAUGGCCAACGGGUUGAUCAUGAACUGCUGUGAGCAGUGUGGUGACUACCUGCCGAGCAGAGCCACAGCCAACCAUUUCCUGCUGGUCGAUGGCCAGCAGAAACGCUUCUGCUGCCAGAACUGCAUCAGGGAAUUCAAGCAGGUCCACAGUAAGCUUGCAAGCUGCCUGACCUGCAAAACUCUUAUCAAAUCAGGUGAAGUUCUCCACAGUCUCGAUUCAGGAGGCACCAUGGGCUGUUACUGCUCCGUCAACUGCAUGAACAAAGGCAGUGUGGCAUCAAGCACCUUCAUCAAUGCAGAACCCACAUGUCAUUAUUGUAAAAGGAAUUCAUUGCCACAGUACCAAGCAACAUUGCCAGAAGGAAACAUCCUUAACUUCUGUAGCUCCCAAUGUGUUACAAAGUUCCAGAAUGCUACUCUUCAAACAACCACCAAUGGCCAAACACAAUUAUCCACUACAAAUGACAUCAUCCAGCUUAAAUGUAAUUACUGUCGAGGAGCUUUCAGUUUAAAGCCUGAAAUUUUGGAAUGGGAGGAUAAGAUGUACCAGUUCUGCAGUAAGACGUGCUGUGACGACUACAAAAAGCUUCACUGUAUUGUCACAUUCUGUGAGUACUGUCAAGAGGAGAAGACCCUACACGAGACCGUUAACAUCUCCGGAGUAAAACGACCUUUCUGUAGUGAAGGGUGUAAGCUGUUGUUCAAGCAGGACUUCAUCAAACGACUGGGUCUGAAGUGUGUUACGUGUAACCACUGCAGUCAGCUGUGUAAGAGAGGUGUGACCCAGCAGCUGGGUGGCAUGACCCGGGAUUUCUGCAGCGAAGACUGUGCAAAGAAGUUUCACGACUGGUACUACAAGGCAGCACGGUGUGACUGCUGUAAGGUUCAGGGGAACUUGACAGAAUCUGUGAUGUGGAGAACUGAGCUGAAGCAGUUUUGUGACCAACAUUGUCUGUUGAAGUUCUACUGCCAGCAGAAUGAUCCCAUCAUGGUCACGCAGAAAGGUCCAGAGAACAGCAGUCUGGGGUGUGAAAUGCAAGGGGCCAAACAUGGUCUGAUGAACCACGGCACUGUUUCGUAUGCUGGUGGUUUUUUGAGAGAUGUCAAGAACAAAGCUGUACUCUGCAAACCGCUCACCUUAACCAAGGCUACUUACUGCAAGCCGCACAUGCAAAGCAAACCAUUGCAAACAGAUGUGGACGAUGGCAUAAAGCGGGAGUAUGUACCUGUACCUAUACCUGUGCCUGUCUUCAUCCCCAUACCCAUGAAUAUGUAUUCCCAGGUCACUCCCACACCAGUCUCCCUACCUGUACCUGUUCCUGUGCCUGUAUUUCUCCCCACCACUCUGCAGGGGGCAGAGCAGAUUGUCCAGACUAUGUGCAACCUGAAAGAUAAGCUACCCACUGACCAUCUGAAUGCCAGUCUGCAUUCGGCGGCUGAGGUGAUCACACAGGACCAGAAGCCAGAUGUAAAGCCAGUAAAUGUGAAGAGCGCGUGUAAAGAGGAUGUGUCCAGCAGCAGCUCUGACGAAGAAGAGGAGGAAGAAGACAAGUAUGAGUCUGACUUGGACCUUGAGACCGAUUAUCCUCAAGCCUCAGACCCUGAUCCAGUCCUGGAGGGAAUGGAUGAGGACUUGGGCUUCUCACUACCUCCAGUUCUAGCAGAGGACAAGGAGGAGCCAGAGGAGUCAACACCUCGGCCCCAGCCCAGGAAACAUGGCAACAAGAGGCAAGCGGUAGAGGAGGAGCCACUUGAGUCGUCAUCUCCAUCCCGAUUGACAGGCAGACAUUCAGAAGGGCGGUCGCUACCUCUCAAAGCUCGCUAUGGUGUCAAUGCCUGGAAACGCUGGACACUAGCUUCUUGUGACAAAUCAGAAAAUGCCAGUGCAAUGGAUGGCUCCAAACCAGCCCGGCCUAAGACCAGUCUCUCCUCUCUGAGUUCAGAGGAGCUGAAUGUGGCUUUGUCCCGGUUUGUCAGAGAAGUCUGUCGGCCCAGUGGGGAGCGCUAUUCUCCAGACAGCAUCCUCUACCUCUGUCUAGGGAUCCAGCAGCAUCUUCACACCAAAGGCCGGAAGGAUGACCUGUUUAGUGACCCGUGUUAUGAGCAGUUCGGGGAGGAACUUAACAGGGUCUUAAAGGACUGGCAGCCCAGUGUACUUCCUGAUGGCUCACUCUGGGGUCGCGUGGAGGAGCAGAGCCUGUGGAGCAGUCGGCAGCUCGGGGAACAGAGUCCUGGUGCAUUGCUGCGCUCGCUGGUCUACCUGAACACCAAAUAUUUUGGUCUCCGUACUGUCGAACAGCACCUCCGCCUCUCCUUCGCCAAUGUCUAUGGCCCAGACACCGUCCAUCCUGUAACAAAGGAAACCACCGUCUGUAUCCGUGUGCCUUCCAUCUCUCAGGAUCACCAUGUGCAAAUAAGGUCUAAGAAGAGGAAACGUAAAGCAGAGGAUGACGACCGCGAAUAUGAUCCAGACGAUGACACAGGGGGCUCCACCAUCCGCUGCCCCGUUAAGAAACACGAGUGUCACCUGUACGAACUCUACAGAUCCAAGUGUCCGGCGUUGUUGCGGGAACGUCUGGAUAUCUUCUACGUACAGCCAGAUCCAGCCUGCAGCUCCAGUGAUCCGCAGUGGUUCACCACCACCCUGCUGGAGCGACACAUUCUGGAGCGCCUUCUAACCCGAGUGCUUCUGGUCAGGGACGUGUACACAGACAAACAAUGUCUGGACGAAGACGAGGAGGAAGAGGACGGCAGUGAACAAGUUGAUGGAGUGUAGCUGUCUCGGCAUGUAUGUUGAGUCUGACAUCCACAACAAAGAACUGAGAACCUGAAAGAUGGAGGUUCUGAAGGUACUACCUCCAAUUAGACGUGUUGAUCGAUCCACUGGAGGAGUAGGAGAUAAAGGGGAGGUGUUUUUUUUACACAGUGGAGAUCUGCUGAGGUCUUGGUGUUUGAGCAGUUAGGGCACCAACAUCUCUACUACAGCUCAACCAUCUUUUGCAAAUCAAUACCAACCAAAUCUCAUGACAAUGACAAACAGUGUCAUGGAGUUUCUUCUUUAUUUCCUUCCUCACAGCUUUGAGGAGUGCUCGUGUUUCAUGUUUCAACAGACGUAAUGCUGUGUUCCUCUUCCGCAUUGGAAGUUGGAUUCCAGUUGGUAGUUCACAGUUCCUGCCAGGAGUUCUUCUCGGACAAAGCAGAACGGUUCAGCUUACAUGAUUUUUAGUUGCUUGUAUUAGCCACAGAUGUUAACUGGCUGAGUAAAGUAUCCUGAGCAAAACAUUCAACACAGAACUGAAAAUGUGUCCAUGUGUGGUCGAAGUCUUUCCUCAACCACAUCAGCAUCAUCCAGUGUCUCCAUCACAUUGUGCACAAUUCCCAAAAUCACUCACGUUAGUUUAUUGAUUGUUGCCCGUUCCUUUAAAAGUCUGAUGGAUAAAGAUUCCCAGGAGGGUCCAUUGAAGAGUUGGCAUCAUUCAGACAUUUUCUAGUUCUGGGGCAUUGCAUCCAAAUAAAAGACAACAUUUACUGUGCUCACUGGUGGAAUGUCACAGCGGCAUGUUGCACAAACACUCCAUGUCAGUGUGUCACUAUGUUGCACAGGUGGCACGAAUGAUGGGCCGUGUAUGAUUACAGUAUCAUGUCUACUUUCAGUUCCUGUCCUGCUGCUGUGACUGCUGCACAAACCAGAGGGCUGAAUGAGUCUGCAGCAAGUGGGACGAGGAAACUGAACAGAACAAGACUUGGGUACUAUGAAAACUGACGCUGCAACUAUAACAUUGGGUUUCUGUUGAUCUAUACCAUCUUCUAUUAAAGAUUUCAGAUCAUGGCGUCCAUAAAGGUCAUAUCAGUGUAGUGGUCUUAGUAGUCUGAAGCAGUUACUAGAUGGGGAAAAUUUACAAUACAGUUAUAUCUGCUGACAUAUACAUAAAAAAUGACAAGUCCCAACAUUUUAUUAAAUCCUUUUGGCAGUAUACAAAUAAUGAAUGUUUACCAGUGCAAUGGAAAGAAUAUUUCCAUUGCAUGAAUGAAAAACAAAAGGGACCUACAUUUUGGUGUGCGUCACUGGUUCUUUGACAUCAAGAGGUUUCAAACAGUCCAACACAAACUUUAAGUAGCAGUCCAAUCCAAAAUAGUUCUGUCAGCUUGUCACAUAGUUCAAAAACAAUCCUGCCGAUGUGGUUCGUACCUAAUGCCCUUGCAAAAACAAACCCCACCAUGUUUGUUAUUAAGCUAAACGCCACCACCGCUAGUGCCUGCGCUGUGGUCGUGGCGUGAAAUAGCACAAAAUGUAUCGAAAAUUGCACGCUAAAUGGAACACAAUGUCAAAUAGUAUGAAUAAGCCAUAUCACGUGACAUACAAACAAAUCAAAUGUUAAGGAUCUAUUUAGCUGUUACAUAAAGUAAUCUAAUUGAGGUUUGAUGUUUUACAGUUUAAACAUGAACUUUAUUGCAAAUAACUAUAAAUAUAUCCAACAACCAACCAUCGUACAUCAUGCUGCUUUCACUCGGCUUGGCGGCAUUGCUCAGAAUUGGCAUAAAAUAGACUUCUUGUCUAUUUUGGCUCUACCUAGCUAGCAAACACCCACUCUGAAAUCAAAUGGCAGCUGGUCACUUGGCCUACAUCUCUUGUAGCUAAUGUGACCAAGGGGUGAUUGGGGAGUGGUCCCAGCCAUGCUUGACAGCAUUGUAAAUAGUACCAUCGGCGGACCUUCUGCUGGAUAAACUACGCAAUGACACCAUUUCCAACAGCCAAAGUGUUUUUUUGCAUUAUUUGUUUGGUAAAAUAAGUUUUCAUAUGGGCUAAAAUAACGCCAGUACCGAUAUGUUUGCAAAGGGCUGACGUAUUGGUGAUGCUGAAGUGCGGAGUUGAAUGUUUUGCUCAGUAUGGAAGGACACUCAGUGCACCUUUAUAUUUCAAACACUAAGUAGUCUACAAAAGAAUAAAAUAUAAAUAUGACACUGCACUUUAGUGUGACAUGCGUCCUUUGUGCAGU